CGCGAGGAAGAGAGACAGAGAGAGAGCGGGGGUUGAGAGAGCGCGUGACCGAAGCGGAGAUGACGGAGCGUGAAGGCAGCGGAUCAGCGGGGGCGAAGCGGUACAAGGGGGUGCGGCGGCGGAAGUGGGGGCGGUGGGUGUCGGAGAUCCGGCUCCCCAACAGCCGCGAGCGGAUCUGGCUCGGGUCUUACGAAUCGCCCGAGAAGGCCGCCCGUGCCUUCGACGCUGCCGCAGUCUGCCUCCGCGGCCGCCGCGCCCGGCUCAACUUCCCCGACUCCCCCCCGCCCCAGAUCACCGGCGGCGCGUGGCGCCUCACCCACCAGCAGAUCCAGGCCGCCGCAGCCCGCCACGCCGCCGCGGCCCCUGGGCCGACCCAACCGCCGACUCCAGUUGACUCUCCGGCCGCGAGCUCCCCGGCCUCGGACGGGUUCACGGCGGGGAGCGACGACGCACUCGAUUGGUCGUUCAUGGACCCGCAGCUGGUGGCUCCACUGACGGUCGACGGCGAUUUCCCGGCCCCGUUCGACGACUUCAUGUACGACUUCUCCUCGUCGGUGCCAGCGACUCCGCUGGACGUGGCGGACGACCACGGCGGCGUCGACUUCGGGUCCAAUUCCUUUCUCUGGAGCUUCUGAACGAUGACACCAUGAAACGAUCCUACGUGGCGCCUAAUAUAUAUAUAUACAUCAUAUUAACUGAUUCAUAAAUUUAUUUAUUUACAUUUAUUUAUUACCUUUUUUCAUUUUCCCUACAGAGGAGAGUGCCGAGCUCGGCGAGCUAUUAUUUUUUCUGGUGCUUCCGAGGAAUGUUUCUGACGGCUGUCUGAGAAUUGUAACUCAAUCUCCGAUGUAUCUCCUCGAAGUAAAUAGAGAACAAAAAAUAAAUUCGAAUGAUAAUUAAAUUCUUGUUGAUGUUAUCAAGAGAAUGAAAUGAAAAAGAAGUUGCAGAGAAAAAGAGAAACAAUUGCGUUC